AUGUCGGUCGUUUCAUUGUUCAGCAAAAAAAUGAAAAGCUUAUUUCUUACCACACAGCGAAACUACUUCAAGCCUGUGUUGCACCGCGCCAGGUAUUCUAGAAGGGAAAACAGCAAGAUCAUGUUACGAAUGGACCAGUUGCUCGGCAUAGCAGAUCACUUUCCGUUUUCUGGUUUUCUGCACCCGCUUACGCCAGCGGCGCAACGCGCAGCAGCAGCCCAGGCAAGCGUGCCGCCCCUUUCCGGCCACAGCGAUUGUGAUCAGCCAGUCCCUGCCGGUUUAGCGCGCUGGCGAUGGCACGGACGAACCGCUCACCACACGUCCUCCUUCUACAUCACUCCGGCGGAAUUGCGCGAGGCACUGGAUAGCCUUGACGAGAAACUGGACGAGGUGCAAAAAUUGAACACUGAUUGCGCGAACCUGCAUACAAUGCAGAGCGGGGACUUUUACGCCAAAGUGCAGAAGGUAGUGGAAAACGCUGACACGGUAGAAAAAGGUGCGGAACUACUGAAAACAACCGUCAAGGAGGCGCCCGACAACACGGCGCAAAUUGGCGUCGGGCUACAGGACGCAAGUGUAGAUUGCACAGGCUUCUCGGACUGCUUUAAGAAGGCGCAGGAUGCCUGGAAGGCCCUUAUUACAGCAGUGGAGUCGUAGAGCGCUGAUGUUGUGUGAAACCAAGAAGAAAUGGAUGCACCGGCGUCCAUCGUGGCGCUUCCCUAGCGCCAUUGCACAGUAGAAGUUGAUGAAUUCAUGUUGCAGAGGAUUUGUUUCAAAGUGUAAGAUCAAAAACUAUCUGUAUCUGAGAAGUACAUUGCAGCCAAUCAAGACAACAAACAGUUGCAAACGAUCUACAUUUUUCAU